CUUACAUUCGCUUCGGUGUUACAAGUCGCGGACUUGAUCAGUGCAAAGAGCGUUCGCGAACCGUCACGACUAUACGCUCCUCGCAACCUACCGUAGCAAUGAUUGUUUAUAGAUACGACUACGAUACGCGCCGACGACAAUUACAAUUGUUAUUGUUGACAUUAAAACUAUAGGAUAUAGUGAGUGAUAAGGAAAUAUCAGUCAUGCUGUCAAGGAAAGUUGUCAACUAUAAUACAAUUAAGACUAUGUUUUUGCUGUUGCUGCUACUGGAAUUCCGGGACAUAGAUGCUUCAUCUACAUUUAAAUCUUUAAAGAACGACGAUGCUUCAGUUAUGUGGUCUAAAUUUGGAUUAAUUGUCCAACAUUACACAGACUCAGGUGAUGGUUUGCAGCAGCUUACACAUACCACUGAAACAUCAGGUAUAAUUAUUAAGGCACCUGAACCUACACCGAUUAUUGAAACGCGAUCACCUCUAACGCCGAUUAAAGACUCACAUGCUGAAGCUAAGUCUUGGACUCAAAUAUCAGUGACUCCUCCACCGCGGACUACAUCAUCAGCUAUAAUGAUGGCUUCUACACCAAUCAAGUUCUCAUCGGGGUUUACUAAUACUACGAAAGACGUAACCUCAACCCAACCUUCUUCAAGUACUCCAGUAUCUCGAAUGGUACCUUCUAAAUAUAGACCAAUGGAUGGUUCAUCAAAACCCGUCAUUACCAUAACUUUUCCUCCGCCUACUAAUACGGUAAGACCUUCUGAAAGUACAGAAGUAACAUCCAAAAGAGUAAGACAAUAUGACGAUGAAGAUGAUGAUGAUGACGAUGACGAUGACGAUGAUGAAGAUGAAGAUGAAUAUGAUGAUGACAAUAUUAAAAGUGAAGAAGAAAUAGAAGAGAUUGUUGAAGUACAGCAUUUAGAUCCCGAAAGUUAUGGAGAGGAAAAACCAACGAUAUUAAAAAAAAAGCGCAGGCGAAAAAAACAUGGCAAAAAGCACAAGCCAUUUAAAGUCAAGGACUUCAAAAAAUUAAAAAAAUUUAUGCUUCCAUUACUUUUAGCAUACAAGCUUAAAUUUUUCACUCUGGUACCACUAAUGUUAGGUGGUUUAGUACUCAUCGUAGCCACAACGGGGUUCGCUGGUUUUUUCUUUGCUCUGUUUGCUGUUGGACUGGGUCUUAAAGGAGGUCGUUAAGGAUCUUAACGGAAAAAAUUUUCUCUAUUUAGGAUCCAUCACAAUAACUAUGAUAAUGAUGAAGUUGUCACAGUAUCGCAUACUAUUAAAGCAAACACCAAAAGACCGAAUAUCGUUUUUAUAUGAUAUUUGCCAGUCACCAUUGCUCAAACUAUAAAACAAUUUAAGUUUAAUUAUUUUAUUAUAAUAAAAAUUAUUUUCAUUAAUUUAAUUUUAAAAAUCUUAGAUAAUUCUUAAAUAAUAUUAUCUAGUUUUGAACAAAUGUGUAAAUAAUGAAUUACUUUAAAUAAAAUAAUGUAACAAUAUUUUAUUUAUUUACUUACAUAAAUAUAUUGUACAAAAUAUUUUAUAAGUUUUAUUUUUAAAGCUGAUCAUAUUCGUAGUUAAUUUAUUUUAUGUACAGUGAUUAAACUAUAAAAUUAAAAUUUAUAGUCAGCUAAAAUUAAUAUAAUUUGAGGGGUCUAAUAUGUAUGGCUGUGUCGUAUAGAUAAUGCAAUAAAUGUAAUGUUAAUUGGAUCGUAUUAAUUUAAAUGAUUUAAACCAUGUAUUGCCAUUAUGUAUACUUUUUCAAAGUUCAUUAGAUUUUGUAAUCUACAAUUAAUUAUUUUCUAAUACUUAGUUUAGCAUUAUUUUGAACUUUCUUCAAUUUUCUAUUUCAUUUAAAUUUUAAUAUCAAAUAAUUUGAAUGAAAGAUUCUUAUUUGUAUAAUUAUUUAAACUUAAAAUUCUAUAACUAAUUUUAUUU